CCUUUGCGGAGCCCACAAACAUAAUCAAUAGUAGACUAGAAACAAGAAAGAAUUAGAAAAGAGGAAGAAAUUGGGUGAGAUAUAGGAUGAAGGAUAAUCCUGUGCAGAAAUCAAACAAAUGGCUGAAAGAUCUAUCAGAAGGUGUCAUCGGUCAUGAGCUGGAGGCCUUAACUCUUCAGGGCCUUCAAAUCGUCAACGCCUAUCCGGGCUUCGUACGCUGUAAUUUCACCAUACCAAUCCGAUUAGCAGAUAACCAUGGGAAUUGGCAAGUUGGAGCGAUGGCAACGUUAAUCGACGACGUCGGGGCGGCUGCCAUAUACUCCUUUGCUGGCCAUAUCAAGGCCUCGGUUGACUUCAUUAUUUCCUUUUAUUCUUCGGUUAAGAUUCUGGAAGAAGUAGAGAUAGAGGCAAAGGUCGUUGGGGAGAGAGGAAGGCUUACAUCAGUUAAGGUGGAGGUGAGAAGGAAAGACAAUGGAGAAGUAAUUGCUUUGGGUAAACAAUGGAUGGUUUCAAAUAGUAUAAAUGCAGCUCAAGUUAGUAAGCUUUGAUAUCAUAACUCCUACUAACUCAAUUCGUAUUUAUGUGCUUUCUGUAUCAUCUUCAACCCCAUUAUAAUCCCUUAAUAUUUCAAUUGUUUCGCCAUUUCUUUUUCCCUUUUUCUUUCUUGCUAAUAAUGGGAACCUCUGCCCCCUGGACCACUUUAACUUCACUUGCUAAUGUAAGUUAGCAACCCUUGGAAAGUACCCAUUUUUUACUGGAACAAAUUCUCAACAAAACAACCGUCGACCUAUC